AAUCCGAGACUGCAUGAGUCAUCGUUUUCCAAAUGAUGGGAUGAUGACAUUAAGAAAGUGAAAGUGCACAUUGUAACGGGAUCAUUACGGCCCUGACAAAGCCUUCUUUGAAAAAGGACGCCAUCCCCUCAUCCUCGUAACAGUUGGUAUCGCCUGUGUGACAUAAUGACCAACCGUUAUACAGUACAUUUUCAUGGCUCAUAUCUGCUGUACGCUGUGUCGCUGUUCUUGGCCUGCUUGAUGGUCCUGCAGUCCAACCGGGUCAGAGAGAUGCAGGUCGAACUGCGGGAGCUGCGUCAGUGGACCAGUCUGGUGUGCGGGGACAUAAAGGAAUCAUCUACUGAUAUCUCGCGCUGCGGGAUAUCUGACUCUCACAGACAUACACAAUGGAAUGGAAUUCGAGGAAAGAGGGAGAUUUCAAGACAUGGGAGACGGAGACAGCGGCGCACUGGGAGGAGUGCCUUUCUUCACCUUGUUCCUCUGUCAUCACACUCAUAUGAUGAAGAUGACUACACUCUGGUAGAAUGGGCUCAAGGACUGAGUCGUCUAGGGGAGGGGCUGCAGGUCUUUGGAGAAAAAGUCACCGUGGUAACCGAAGGGACUUACUUCAUCUACAGUCAGGUGCUGUAUAAAGACACCACAUGGACUAUGGGUCAUGUGAUCAAGAAGCGUCUACAUGGUAUUGAGACCAUCUUGAUGAAGUGCAUACAGAGCAUGCCCAGCAACAUCACUGUGGCCCAAAACACCUGCUACACAGCCGGUGUCCAUUACCUGGAGCCAGGAUCCACUCUGGAACUCUCCAUUCCCAGGAAAUCUGCUGGGCUUGUCCUAAAGCCUCACUCCACCUUCCUUGGCAUGUUCAGGAUUUGACACUGAGUGACGAUUUAACACAAAACCAUGUCUCUCCAGAACCCUACAAUCACUGCCUAUAAUAACCUGACAUGCUGACCUACUGCAUUGUGUUGCCUGAUAUUUAAUAAAUUUAUCAAUAUCAAACAUUUUGCAAGUACUACUCAGCCAGUGUUUUCCUUUCAGCACUCAUAUUGUGGUAGCCUGAUACAGAACAGUUACCAAAUAUCACAAAAUGUAGCCUAUUUUAGCAUUGGAAAGUGCACAAUGUAAUGUUUGAAUUCCAUGAUUAAAAAUACAUAGGAUAUUAAUCAAGCAAACAAAAUAGUGCAGUAGUACAGUGACCCAAUAUCAAAUUUCAAGUUUUAAUGAUAUGUACACAAGUACAGUGGAAUGUCUUUCUUGCAAGCUCUAAACAGUACAGUGAGUGGUGACCCAAUAUGAGUACUGUUGAGUGUACAGCAUCAUUGUGAAUUUCCCUCUGCUAAAUUAAACUUUCUCAGUUUGCCAUCCUUGUCUAUUGAAGACUGAUGUAUAAUCCAACAGGGACCUCUUGUGGUCAAUACAGUGCGUUCAAAAAGUAUUCAGACCCCUUGACUAUUUCCACAUUUUGUUAUGUUAAAGUUAAAUUUUAUUCUAAAAUUGAUUCAAUUGUUUUUUUCAAUCA